CACGUGACGCGAUGGGCCUCGUGGCGGAUAUCGUCGUCGAGCAGGUGAUCUUGUUGUCCCCACUUAGAGGGGCGACGAGCGUUGUGCAUGGAUGCGUGUGUGUCUGCUCGCGUGUGUGUGUGUGCUCAAGCAGGUGUCGAGCUUCAGCAUCACUGCGGACGAAGUCAACCAGAGGGGCUGGAUUGAGCGGGGCUGGAUUGACGACUUCGAUACGCCGGUGGGGUUGCUCAAGGCCAUCGAAGCCACGAUCAACGUCAGACAGAUCACCCCAAGCAUCAUAUCGGUGAGUGACCAAUGCAUACACACAAUAAAGUGGCCAUUUUCAAUGCAUCCUAUGUUUCCUGCUGGUGUCACAGUCACUGGAUACUGUUCACAAGUACUGUGUGGACCCUCACGGCAAGGAGGACUUCAGCAGCAGCGUAUUCGACUUCCCCUUCACCCUCCUCUGGCACACACAGCCUGGCAGCCCCAUCCGCAGGAUCUACGACGACGAGAACCCCAUAUUCAUAUCAUCCACCCUCACCCUGGCGGCCUCCCUCGCCACAUCGGUGACCUUCCCCACCAGCCUCGCACAGGACAACGUCAUCCCGGCCUUCUACUUCCUCCUGCCCAAGCUGGUCUUCACGUCAGCCCGCACCCUCACCCUGCAGCCGGCCACAGACACCGACAACCCCCUCCCAGAGCCACUGCUCUUCAGUCUCGGCCGCAUCUUCCCAGCAGUGCGGUGUGUCGACCUGGGCAAGGCGCACCAGCUGGCCGAGGAGGCCGUCGUCAACGUGAUAGACGACCUCCCAUCGCUGCGGGUGGCGCGUUUCGCCCGCCCGCCGGGUUUCAUGGGUCGCGUGCCGAUCAGACGCGACAGUUUUUUCCUGCCAUCGUAUCUGCGCAGCUGCUCGGGCGACGGGCCACUGCUGCAGGUCAAGGGGGCGUUUCAGUCGCGUUUUGAUGGUAGCGAGAGUUGGUCACUGUGGGAGGGGGAGGGGGAGGGGGAGGAAGAGGAAGACGAGAGUAGUGAGGAAGAUUCGGCUAGCGAGGCUGAGGUGCCGGUUGGCCAGACAGGCGGGACACGUUGGCGAGUUGAGCAUCGCAUCCGGCGGAUUAGCGUUUAUUUCUCGGCUGGCUAUGCGCCUGAGCCAGAGGGGAUAUGGCUAGACAGGCCGGCCUUCACGGAUUUGUUUGACACAUGCAUCAAGGCCAUCACCGCACUGCCCAAGCUAGAGCGCAUCACACUCACCACCGACGACCCAUUCCCAGGCUAUCUGCUGCACGAGUGUGGGUGGUGUGGCGUGGGGAAUCGGCUGAGCCUUCACGGGUUCGACGCUGUGCAGGCAGGCCCCUGUAGUGUCGAGCUGUAUCGGGAUGGCCAGCCCAUCACGGAGGGCCAGCGACUGAUCACUGACUACUUCUCGCGUGUCGAUAAUAGCAAUGAGAUGGUUGACUAGAUGGGUGUACUGGCUGGUGGCGUGUGGGGG